UGUAAUUUAUUGUUUAAACAUUUAUAUUUCCAAAACGCUUGUCAAAAUAAAGUGAUAGAUAAAAGAAAUGUAAAUAUUACAUUACAGUUUCAUGAUCAUUUCACCAUGUUACACGAUAUUUUCUCAAUGGUGAAACCGUAAUAUUUAUGUCUCAAAAGUAUUGCAACCUAACCUAUAACAUCUGAUCCAACGAAGUAUCGUAUGCCUUUUUCGCGUAUAUACAAUUGACAAGUUAUAACGCAUUAUACGUGAAAAAGUGGCCUUUUAAAAAACAAUGGUUUAAAAUAAUGUAUCCUGCAAACCAUAAGACUAUUUUCGUUUUGGACCAUACGCCAUAUUUUGGUAUAUCUACUGAGGCUCCUCUAGAAUUUGAUUUUCUGAAAAGCCGCGGCCAGAACUUGAUACCUUUGGCACCUGUUUGUAAAUCUUUGUGGACAACCAGUGUAGAGGCUUCCUUGGAAUACUGCCGUAUAGUGUGGGAUCUCUUUCCAACUGGGAAAUUGAUAAGGUUUGUUGUAACUGAUCGUGCCGCAUACGUAUUAAACUCAUGGAGUCCAUCACAGCAAAACUUAAAUCAUAUAAUGAAUGGUACAGCCAUUUUAGGAGUACCUACAAAAACUCCACAACCUGGAGAAGAUUAUUCGGUGAUACAUGGCUUAAGGGUAGCUAUUGAAACACUCAAUGAGUGUUCAGAAAUUCAGCAUGAGAAAAGGACAUCAUUAAAUGAUAAUGCUAGUAAACUUGUUAAUAGAGGAAGAGUAAUAUGUAUUACUAGUGCUCGCGAUAAUAGCAAUAUGAAAAAUUUGGAAAAUAUAUUUUUGAAUGAAUUAGCUCAAGAAAAUAAAACAGCAUUAGCUUCAGAUCAUUUAAUACCUGUAGAUUAUUGCCACUUAGUUAUAUUGAAUAUUUUUCCUAACAAUAUUGAGUCACAAGUUACUAGUCAAGGACCAAGAGAGGUAUCACCAUUAUUAAUGGUAGAGGUGCAUUCUAUUAAGGCACCUGCUUUACACUCUAAGUUAUCCCACUUAAUUUUAUCUCAUUAUGAUUUGGCAAGUACGACAGUGACUGGUAUACCAAUGAAGGAAGAACAAAAUGCUAGUUCUUCUGCCAAUUAUGACGUCGAGAUAUUUCAUUCAUCAGCUGCACAUUCCGCAAUUUUAAAAGGAAACCCACAAGAUUCAGCAUUAAUUAAGACGUUCAGAAGGUUUGAAGAGGGUUCGGAAUACGAGACAAUAACUUUAAAAUGGUGUACACCACGAGGAUGCAGUGCAGCUGAAAUGCAGAACUGCACUGCUAUGCACAGAAUCACACCAGUAGACGUAAACAGUAGACCCUCCUCUUGUCUAAUCAACUUCUUGUUGAAUGGAAGAUCAGUAAUGUUAGAAAUGGCCAGAAAGAGUGGGGGGAAAACUAUAUCUCAUUUGUUAGCGGCACACGGUGGAGAAAUUUUUAUACACACGUUAUCCACUGCUAGGAGCGUAUUGGAGGACCCACCUUCCAUCAGCGAAGGAUGUGGUGGACGCGUAACGGAUUACAGAAUAACUGAUUUUGGAAGACUUAUGCGCAAUAAUGUAUUGGUGCCUUUAAAACGAAGUACAAACUGCAACAACGACGGCCCAGCAGAAAAGAUGAGGUCCAGAUUAGAGAGGCAUACAAAAUAUUGGCCAAUUACCAUUUCCAGUACUCUUAUGUUCAAUUUAAAACAGUUGAUAGAUCCACUGCCAGAUUUGAUGGUAAAGGAGGAACUCACCGCAGAGGAGGUUGUACAAUGCAAACAAGUGAUCUUCAGUUUGCUGCAGUUAGAAGCAAAACAUGAAGCAUUGCCCCUCCCAAGUAUAGGCGGUGGUCGCGGCGGCAAAAGUGGUGUACGCAGAGAAGAACAUUACAGACUUUUAUGGGGGGAACUAGAAACAUUCCUCAAACAUCACGCUAAUAAUUCUGCGGCGCAUUCUGAAGUUCUAACUUGUCUUCUCGAAGUACGAAGUAAGGACGACAAGGACAAAGUCGAAUUGGACCAAGCACUGCGCGAGUUGGACGGAUUUGGCAAAGAAGAUGGAACUGCCAGAGCCAGCGUAAUAAGAGCAACGACCGAUUCACCGAUGUCUCCACCGCCGAGUACAUCAAUGUCCCUUGGGAAACAACUCCAUAAAGGAGGGCUUUACGCUCCUAAAAGUUUAUUGGAUAUCUGGUUACAACGCAGUACGCCCAAGGAGAAGAAACCAGAGUUUCAUGGAAGAAUUAAUAGCGACGGUCCUAAAGCAAAGUUAUAUCCCAACUUGAAAGAAACUGGUCGUGAACCUCGUGAAACUAUCAUAGAAGGCUAAUAGCUUGAAACAUUUAACACGUUGACUGAAGCCAUUGAAACUGUCAUUAGGUAUUUCUAUUUUUAACGAAUUGUUCAUAACUUCAAGUACCUAACACAGAUAUUUCUAAUUAGGUAAAUUAAAGAGUAUGUGGGUGAUUCCUAUUGAAGUUCAAGCAUCAGCCAGUCAACGUGUUAAUCUAAGGUACAGUCAAUUAGAGCAGGAACAAUUUGUUGAACCAUCGAUGAACAAUGUAUCACGAUACUCGUGACGUACAAUAAUAAUAAUUUCGUAAACAGUCA